AGGCAGAGCGAGAGCUGCACUCGCUUCCGUGUUUGUGUGAUCAGGGAGUGCACAGCCGGGGGAGCUUCACUGUCUCCACUGUUUCAUUCAUUUACAAGAGUAUCGUUAACCAAGUGACUGGCAGGGAAAAUGUCGUAUGAACUGAAACAUGUAUUCGCCAGUCUCCCCCAGAUGGAGAGGGGUGUUGCCAAAGUGAUUGGAGGUGAUCCCAAAGGCAACAACUUCCUGUAUACCAAUGGGAAGUGUGUCAUCAUCAGGAACAUUGAAAACCCAGCUAUCGCAGACAUUUACACUGAACAUGCCCAUCAAGUUACAGUUGCCAAGUAUGCCCCGAGUGGAUUCUACAUUGCAUCUGGAGAUGCAUCAGGAAAGAUCCGUAUCUGGGACACCACCCAGAAGGAGCACCUGCUCAAGUACGAGUACACCCCUAUUUCAGGCAAGGUCAAGGACAUUGCAUGGACAGAGGAUAGCAAGAGGAUUGCUGUUGUUGGGGACGGACGAGAGAAGUUUGGUGCAGUGUUCCUGUGGGACUCUGGCUCCUCAGUGGGGGAAGUGUCCGGCCAUUCCAAAUUAAUCAACAGUGUAGACAUCAGGCAGAAACGCCCUUACCGCCUUGCUACUGCCAGUGAUGACACCUGUGGGUCCUUCUUUGAGGGGCCUCCCUUCAAGUUCAAGUUCACAUUGCGUGACCACAGCCAGUUUGUCAACUGUGUUCGUUUCUCUCCUGAUGGCGGUCGGUUUGCCACAGCUAGUGCUGAUGGCCAGAUUUUCAUCUAUGAUGGAGCAACUGGUGAGCGUGUGAGCUCACUGGGUGGAGAGAAGGCCCACAAAGGAGGAAUCUAUGCUGUCAGCUGGAGCCCUGACAGCUCCCAACUGAUCUCUGCCUCAGGGGACAAGACCGUGAAACUCUGGGAUGUUGGUGCAGGUACGGCCGUCACCACCUUCAACAUGGGCACUGAUGUGACAGACCAGCAGCUGGGCUGCCUGUGGCAGAAAGACCACCUCAUCAGCAUCUCCUUGUCAGGAUACAUCAACUAUCUGGACAAGAACAACCCUGAUCGGCCCAUACGCACGGUCAAGGGUCACAGCAAAUCCAUCCAGUGUCUGACAGUUCACAAAAGUGAAGGCCGAUCAUACAUCUACUCCGGGAGUCACGAUGGACACAUCAAUUACUGGGAUGCAGCAACUGGGGAGAAUGACUGCUUCUCGGGGAAGGGCCACAGCAACCAGGUGAGCAAGGUGGUGACUGACGAAGCCGAUGAGCUGGUGACGUGCAGCAUGGAUGAUACACUGCGCUACACCAACAUCAACAAGAAGGAGUACAGUGCCUCUGACGUGGUGAAGAUGGAUUUCCAGCCUAAAAGUGUGUCUGCAGCAGCUCGAGGGCUGUCACUGGCUGUGUGCAUUGGGCAGGUUGUCUUGCUGAAGGACAAGAAGAAAGUCUUCACACUGGACAAUCUCGACUAUGAAGCAGAGGUUGGAGUUAUCCACCCUGGUGGUACCACUGCUGCGGUGGGGGGAGCAGAUGGGAAAGUCCAUCUGUACUCCGUUCAGGGCAACACUCUGAAAGACGAGGGGCAAACUAUUGAGGUUAAAGGGCCGGUCACAGACAUGGCCUACUCUAAUGAUGGAGCCUAUCUGGCUGUCAUAGAUGAGAAGAAAACUGCUGCAGUUUUUGAUGUGGCUGACGGCUACUCGGUCAAAAAUGAGUUUUACGGACACCAUGCAAAACCAGUGAGCUUGGCCUGGUCACCUGAUAACGAGCACUUUGCGACUGGUGGGAUGGACAUGAUGGUGUUUGUCUGGACAGUUGGUGAUGCAGACAAGAGGAUUAAGGUCCCAGACACUCACCGGUUGCACCAUGUUAGCAGCCUGGCCUGGGUAGAUGAGCAUACUCUAGUCACUGCCUCCCAUGACGCCAGCAUCAAGCAGUGGACUAUUAAAUACUGAGCUGGAAGCAGACAAACAUCCACAUCUCCAGGGACAAGGACUACUGUAGACUUCAAUCUUUCUUUUUUUAAACUGUAUUUUCACUGUCUAAACAGUGUUCUUUGCUGUCUGUAAACAUCUGAAUUGUAAAUGGUUAUGGCUGGGAAAGCUCCCAUAAAAAAUAUCCAAGAUAUGUCUCUUUGAUGUGAAUAACCUCAACUUACACAGAGACAAAAUGUUGAAAUAUACAAUGUAAUCAUGAGUGCUUUUACAUCUCUUUGAGCGUUAUGGACCCAGAUAACUAUUUGUAAGCUAACAUUCCAUAGGUAAUAGCUUUCACUCAGUUUAACUGAAAUCCUUGUCUGUGGAUGGGCUCAGUACAUCCUAACUUAACGGAUGAACCGAAAGCGAGUUGUAUUUUAAAAUCAACAAAAUCGUGUUUGAAAGAAAUGAAACCUUUUGGUUACAUUCCUGAAAUGAGAAGUAACUGGUCCUAACUGAACUUGCCUGUCACUUUUUUUUUUUCUCAAGGUUUUAAGGGGAUGGGUGAUUUUUGCUUUUUGCUUUGUCCUAGGUUUCAUACUCUGUGAUUCACAAUUCUUCCUGUUGGACUGGGGGAGCAAUAAUAGGAACUGAAAGAACAAAGUAUGUGUACAAUCGAGAUGCGGUCUGUUCAGUUGAAGGUCCUGUGUUGUUGCUGUGUUUUUGUUUGGGCCCACUAUGCUUGUCUCACUUAUUUUUUUCAAUGUCUUUAUGCAUCCGCUUCCAAAAUGGAAGUGAUGAUGAUGAUGAUAAUAAUAAUAAUAAUAAUAAUAAUAAAAAAACACUUUUUAUGCA